CCCUGUCCGGUUUAAAAGCAGGUGCUGCGGGGAGCUGUCUGUGCCUUCACCGCUGAUUCCUCCAGCAUCUCCACCUCCAGCAUCCAGCAUGUCUCAGCCCAGAGACUACAGCAGCCAGUCCUACUCCCCGGGGAGCAAGGGCCCGGCCAAGAGCCAGCCCACCAAGAUCAACACCUCCGGGAAAUCCAGGGAGAAGGAGGACAUGGUGGGACUCAACGACAAGUUCGUCCAGCUGAUUGACAAGGUGAAGAACCUGGAGGACGAGAACAAAAAGCUGGACACGAAGCUGAAGAUCCUCCAGGAGCAGGAGGAGUACCAGGGGAAGGUGGACGACAUCGUGAAGCAGCUGGAGAUCGAGCUGGAGCAGCAGAUCGAGACCUUGCUCAGCGACCAGGACAAGCUGCAGGAUGAGCUGAUCAAGAACCAGGAGGAGGUGGAGGACACCAAGAAGAGGUAUGAGGACCAGUUGCUGAAGAAAGCUGAAUUGGAGAAUGAUUUUAUCGUCGCCAAAAAGGAUGUAGAUGAAGGUCACUUGGAGGAAGUGACUCUGGCUCUGGAGCUGGAGGACCUGAUGGGAAAACUGGACUUCCUCAGGAUUGGCUAUGAUGAGGAGAUCAAGGAGAUGGAGUCCCUCGUCCAGAACAAGACGGUGAUCCUGCCCGACAACAGCAAGCGGUCCCUUGACAUGAAGGAGAUCGUAGAGAACGUGAAGAACCAGUACGCGGCGGUGGCCAACCGCAGCAGACUGGAGGCCGAGCAAUGGAACCAGAAGAAGAUCGAGGCCAUGGUCCAAACUGCAGGACAGCGUGAGCAGGACGUUCGUGAUCUGAAGAGGGACAUCUCAGACCUGGUUCGCCUCAUCCAGAGGCUCAAUGGGGACCUGGAGGCUCUCAUGAGGAAGGAAGAGUCUCUGAGGAAGGACAUCGACGACAGGCGUGACGAGGGCGACCUCAGCCUGCGGAAGGCCCGGGAGGACAUCGCCCAGCUGGAGGAGGCCCUGAGGCGGGCCAAGCAGGACCUGGCCGGGCAGAUCCGCGAGCACCAGGAGCUGAUGAACCUGAAGCUGGCGCUGGACAUCGAGAUCGCCACGUACCGCAAGCUGCUGGAGGGCGAGGAGGAGAGAAUGAACGGCAUGAUGCGCCACAACGACGCUCACCUGCCCGAGAAGCCGCGGGCCCCCCAACCCACCGCCACCCCGCUGGCGGACCCCGCCUCCAGGAAGUGCCUGCUGAUCCGGGUGGAGGUGGAGUCGGGUCGGGUCAUUACACCGAGGAUUAAGCGAGGCGGUCCGGAUAUCCGCUAAAAUGUGAAUUAAAACGUGGUUUGAUCAAUGAAACACUGUCAACCGCAGCUUCUUCGGGGGGGUUACACAGAAUUUGUGCUUUGACUUGGAAACUUUUAUGUGAGUGCUGAGUUUUUCAGCUCUUCUUAUCGUGUGGGGCUCUUUGGUGGAAUCUAUGUAUUU